UUUUUUGUUGGCUUGUCAGGCGGCACGAGACUCGCGGCUUUUAGCAUGCAGUUGUUGAAAUGAAAUGCGAGAAAAUUUCGAAACCAUCAUCAGACACGCGGCUGCUGAAAUAUUUCCAUUAAACUUGUACUCCGGCACCUGUGAAUUAACAAAUCGAAGUGUAUAUGACGUUAUUGAGUUGGAGCAUUUAGAUUUCACAUCAAUAUAAACAGGAUUGCGACAUAAAUGCAUUAACUUCCUGGGGCGUAUUGGUCUUACCAGGCUGGUUCUCCAGUGUACCAACCCUGGUGUCUGAGAGAUCUACCCUGAUCGGGAGGAGAUGAGCUGGGCAGAGGAGGACUGGACGGUGGGCCUGUCUGGCCGGACCCUGCAGAAGGUCAAGGAGCUGCAGGUCCAGCAAGAGAGGCUGAACCGAGAGAGACAGCAGAAACAGCUGCAGCUAGACAGCACACAGACCUCCCUCAACAAACAGACUGUCAAGUAUGAGGAGGUGCGCGGGGAGCUGCAGUGUGUACAGAGGGAGUUACAGGGGGCUCGUGAGGAGGUGCAGGCAGGUGUGUGUGCGCGGGAGCGUCUCUCUCAGGAUCUCCAAGUGAAACAGGCCCAGGUGUGUUCACUUGAGGGACAGCUGGGCUCGGCACGAACCCUCACACACACCCUCGAAAAGGAGGUCAAAAGGUUGGAGGCGGAGCUAGAGAAGUUACAGACCACUAGCAGCUCUGGAGAUUCCAUGUUGUUUUCCACCCCAUGCUGGAAUAUGACAUCACCACGGGACCACAAUGGUGGGAGACAGGAGGACAGGCAGGGACAGAGUGAAGAGGGGGACAAUAAAUCACUACACGUCAGACAACAUCUCAAGUUCGCAGAACCUGCAUUCUCACCCACGCCCAUGUUCCCACAACAACAAGCCAAGGGCACGCCCCACCGGCGCCUGUCACACCAAUCAGACUCCUCCACUCCCUCUGCUGUGUUUCCGUGGGAACGGGAAGAUCCAAAGCCUUACGCCAGGGGACGACCCACUCCUCCUCCUUCUCUCCCCUCCUCCAGCGAUGUCAUCAGACGAGGCCAGGAAGCUGGGGAUUGUGGGAUGGUGGAUGACCUCAGGAGAGAGACAGACAUGUCAGGUUGUGUAGCAGAGCUGCAGGGGCGUAUGCGUGCCCUUCAAGGGGAGCUGAAGGCUGAGUGUGAACGGUUCAGACAGACCCAGGACGCUCUAGCCAACGCCAGGAGAGACCUGACCACCAGAGAACAGAGUCUACAGAGGGCAAAGGACGAACUGAGCCUCGCUCACACGCGCAUCUCACAGGAGAGCGAUCGGGCCCAGUCGUUGGAGCAGCGUGUGAAGCAGUUGCAGGAGGAACUGAAGUGUCAGAGACAGAACACUGAGAGCAGCCGGCUGCAGCACCAGCAACGCACCAGAGACCUGGACAAACAACACCAGAGGGACUUGUUGGAGCUGCAGAAAGAGUGUCAGUCUGUGGAGAAACAGCACCAGCUGGAUGUUAACAAACUGAACCAGGAGGUCCAGCAGGCCAGGACACUACACAACACACUACAGGCCCAGUCUGAGAAGGUGUCCCUUCAGAAGCAGGCGUUGGAGAGGGAUGUAGACGCUCUGAAAGAGAAAGUCAAAUGGACUGAGGGGGAACUGAAGGAGAGCCAGAAGAAAGAGUCCCAAACGCAAGACAAACUAACGGAGUCGGUGCGUGAGAGGGAGGGGCUGAAUGUAACACUGGAGCAGAACAGGAGGAGAGAGAAGAUAGUGGAGGAGGAGGUGAAGAAGCUGACUGAGGAGCUGGCUGAGGCCCUCCGACGCAUCACAGAACUAGAAGACCAGAAGACAGUCCAGCCCUCUGCUGCUCCAAUGGCUCCAGUCCCGUUUAGCCCUGCAGGACAGAGCUUUGCCCUGGUCUCACCCCCACGACAUGGCCGCCCCACCCCACACACACCCUCGGCUCAGACCAACAGACCUGCCAGAGAGGAGCGAGCGAGGGAGGAGGAGGAGAGAGGGAAUGAGGAACGGAGAGCAAAGUACCCCACAGAGAGAGAACCUGGAGAGGGCAUCGACUCAGAACACAUCACUGCGUUUGGAUCCACAGACUCUGAAAAACGACAGAGGGCAGGAGAGAGGGGGAGCGGGGAGGAGAGGAAACGAGAGAAUGAGAGAAAAGAGGAGGCAGAGUCGGUAGUAGAUGGCUGCAUCCCUGGAAAGGAAACAUCCACCAAGGACAAAAACGCACUCAACACACCGAGCUCUCUUUCUCCAACAGACCAAAGUCCCCACCUCACCAGCUCUGCUAGCUCCGACACAGACUACGAGAGCGAGACCCUGUCCAGCCACUCCAAACCCCGAGCCCAGACCACCAGGGCUGAGGGAGACCUACAGAGGGAGAACAGAGAGCUGCGUUCAGAGCUGCAGGACGUUAAGGAUGAGUUACAAAGGAGACUGGAGGAUCUGGAGACCCAGCGCAGAGCGGAGGCCGAGGCCAGGACCAGGCUCAAGCAGCUCAGCCGCAAACACGCCUCCCAGGCUGAGACCACCAGAGAGACGGAGGAGGAGAGGGUCGAGAUGGGGAGAUUGAAGGAGGCACUGGCUGAACUUGAGAUAAAGGUCAGGAGAGAUGCAGAGGAAAGGAAAGAGAGGGAGAGAGAGGACCGGGAGUCUGAAAGCAUGCUGCUGAACCUCCAGCUAAAGAAGCAGCUGGCUGAGUUGAAGACGGAGCUCUUGAUAGAACAGGAGGAGAGAGAAAGAGGAAAGGAGGAGAGGAAGAGAUUAAAAAACAAAGGGACAGAAGGAACGAUCGACCUGACUGUCAAGCUGGAAGAGCUCCUGGCAGAGUUGGAGGAAUUGAAGAACCGUGAAUGUCUUGAAGUGAAGAACGUGGUAGAUAAAAACACCCCUCUGACAUAUCUCACCCUGCACCAAGACAUCAACUCUAACUCCAACAACAACAAGCUACUACCAUCUCCAGACCAGCACCAUCUCCUGUGUGAGUCCACCACUGUCUCGCAGGCAACAACAGCUGAUCUGAUCCGGGAAGAAGGAACUCUGACCAAAGCGCCAGAACUCUCCAAACCUAUUGGUGAGGGAGAGACCAUUGUGGAGGCCCAGAGGAGUGUGUCUGCCUCUGAGCUGGGUGAAACCACUGUGGAAGCCGAGAAAGGGAUAUCUUCCUCAGACCAGGGAGAGACCUCAGACAUGGAGAAAACCCCAGUGGAGCUCCAGAGUGGAGGCCUCUCUGCCUCAGAGCUAGCCCAGGAGGUGGAGCGUCUGCGGGGGGAGAGUGCCAGGGAGGCUGGGCGAGCCAUGCACACCCAGGCCAAGCUGGAGGCUCUACAGAGCCAGGUGACCAGGCAGACCCAGCAGCUGACCCUGGCCUUCGACCACCAGAGCAGACAUAUCCAGGACCUGCUGGCAGAGUUGCAGGAGAAGGAGGGCAGACUUCUCAGGCAGGGACAGGAACUGCAGCGCUGCAGAGAUGAACUGGCCACGCUUAGAGAGGAGAGGGAGAGACCGGAGAGGGAGACAGAGAAAAGGGAGGAAGAGAGACAGAAGGAGGAGCUAGAGGAAGGUAGGGCCACUAUAACCCCUCAGCAGGCUGACCAUAACACAGAUAUACAUCAGAUCACCAAUAGCACUCAGAAUGAGUCUGCCUCUGGGAUAGAAGAGAGUACAGACAUAACAAUGAAACCACUGAACACUACCCAGGCUUCCUCUACACUUUGUGAUGAGGGAGGUCAGCUGACCACUCCACAGAAAAACGGUGUCACAGAAUCGCAUGAUGUAACAGAUAGCACUACCACCCUGGGCAGCCAUCCUGCUGAACAUAAUACAGAGAAGAUGGUGGAUUCUAAGGCUUCUGCCCAGCCAGGCAGGAGUGAAGAGACAAAAAACAAAGAGAAAUUCAUAUCUGACAAUUUAACUGUCGUAUGUUCCAAAGAGCAGAUGGAACAGUCUGAGAGUUCUGAGAUGAAACACAUCCGUAGUGAAGAACAACAUUCAACCAAGGACAGCCCUGCCUUUAAGAGAGGUACUGAGGAGUUGCAGCUAUCCCAGAGAGACCUGAGUACUGAGAACACACAUCUUACUGCAGAGCUGGAGAAAGCUUCUGGUCCUAUCAGCAGGCCAGAAGACACCAGUGGACAGGAGAGAAAAGAUAGUGGAGGAGAGAGUCUUGCUGAAGAGCUGCAGUCUCUAAAACAGAAGAACCAACUGCUGAAAUUGAAACUUCAAGAUGUGGCAAACACAGACGGAGAAACUAGUUCUGUCAGUAACACAACACUAGCAGCCUCCUGUGGAGACCAGGCUGAAAGAAAAGCAAAGGGAAGGAAAAGAAAGAACCAGAGAGGAGGACAGGAAGUUAUCUCCACCUCUGGAGAGCUAGAGCACGUCAGUGACAUCACCUCGGGACGGGAGGCCACACUGCAGGAUGGAGGGAAACCCAUAGACAAGGAGAGAGGGGGAGUAGAGUCGGAAGGAGAGUGGGAGACGGAAGCUGGGGAUGAGGGGAGAGGGGGAGUGGUGGCUCUGCAGGCUGAACUGCAGUCUCUCUCUGAGGAGAACCAGAGGCAGGCUGAGGAGCUGGCAUUGUGGAGGCUGAUGGUCCAGCCCCCCUGUCUGGACCCAGAGGACCCCACCGCUGCUACCCUCAGCCCUGGACACAACACUGCUACCCUCAGCCCUGCUACCCUCAGCCCUGGACACAACACUGCUACCCUCAGCCCUGCUACCCUCAGCCCUGGACACAACACUGCUACCCUCAGCCCUGGACAACACAACAGUGUGACGGUGAUCAGAGAGGAUGAGCUGCUUCUCUCCUGUACCUCCAGUAGACUGUAUGGUAGGACCCUGGCCUCAAGACUGCAUCACUGCAAUUCUAAUGAAGCAAAGAGUCUCCAAAACUCAUCCAGAAAGACCAAAUCUACACAUCACCAAGAGACGGAAAAACUGACCAAUGAACAUAGAGAAGAUGGCAGAGAUGAAGAAGCAGAUGUUCCCCAGACCUCAGAGCUCCAGACCAAGGCAACAGAGCACGCUAACCAAGAUCAUCCAGAAAACAAGACCAAUCCAAACACUCCCAGAGCAACAGAUGAAACCCAGACCAAAGAAAUCGUCUCAAGGCACAAUCUAGACGUCAUAGAACUAGAUAACCUCAUAGAGUUCCCCACUCUAUCUCUCGCUGAGGCUCAAUCCACUGAAUCACAGUCCUCUGAAAUCAACCAUCCCAGUCACCAUCAAGAGGAACCAAUCUCCACUGGUGUUGAGAAUAAAAAUCACUCCUCAGUCCGUAGAAAAGUCACCACCACAACCACCACAUCAGAGUGGCAAACUGAGAGAACGAUAGUGGAGACCAAGGUUCUGAGUUCAAAGGUCAUACCAGCAGGAUGGACAGGUCAAGAGAGAUUGACCUCUGUAGAGGUGAGGAGUACCAGCUCUCAGACAGAGGAGGGGGGAGCAACAGGAGUCUGGACACCGACACAGCCUCCUACUCCAGCCACUCUACCAGAAACACACCACGUAUACACACAGACGGAGGAGGAGGAAGAGGAGGAGAAUGAUGAAGAACCCACAGAAUCACCCCCUGUGUCACCAGUCCAGAUGUCUGAGGCCGAGGGGGACAGGAUAUUGUUUUCUGGUUCCUUCCCGAUCCCUGCCGACCCAGCCCGUCUGGCGGAGCGUAUCCGUCGUAACCGGACUCAGAUGUCUGCAGCGUACGAUGAUACGGAGUACGAACCCUACGGCCUGCCUGAGGUGGUCAUGAAAGGUUUUGCUGACAUCCCCAGUGGUCUUGCCUGUCCGUACAUCGUGAGGAGGGGGCUCCUGGGUACUGCUGCUAUGCCCCGCCCCCGGAGAGACUCCGGCCAGACGUUCUUUGUACAGAUCCACUGGAAGACCGUCACAGAGGAGAAAGAGUUCAUUUCACAGGAUCUACUGAGUACUGACCCCCACCUCCUGACCUCCUGA